GUUCAGCCUAUGCUACUUCCAGAUGAUCUUCACAACAUUCAGUGCCAAGGGAGCGAACUAGUUGCACAUGCAGAAGGAUGGGCUUCUCUUGGUGUAGAGAAUGAGUUGUCUUGUUAAACAGGUACCCACGUCGUACAGGACUGUCUCUAUUCCUCGCUCAAGAACAUGAAGUCGAGGAAAAGUACUUUGUAUGAUCACAGCGCAGCAGAAGCAGAACAAUACAGGAAGUCGCACCGCGUUGGAAUGAACUAAUCUCGUAAUUGUACCAGUGCGCGGUAGCAGCUUGCAUUGCUUGUCUAUUUGUUAUCGCAAACAUCAUUCGAACUAGAUUUUGUUUGAUCUUGGCGCUUCCUUCCUCUUGUUGUUUUUGGCACCAGACUCAUCUCAUAGGCGAUCAUAAUGUGUGCUUCUGUCGUUGAUAUUAAUUCUGAUGCGUCCUCCCCUGUCUUUUCCUUUUGCAACCUGUCAACCCAUGGCUUUACUGCAUCUUGCAAGCGGUUAGUGAGCGGGCUUUGGGCAAGGAGAACAGGGUAUGACAGCGACGCUCAUUCGGGUGCUCUCGAAGCUUUCUUACCGAACAAUAGGAGGCUAACUUACGGGAUACAGGCUCUUGAAACGACGUCCCAAAAGGCGCUGAAAGAGCGUGAUAGCGGGUCGAGUUCUUCGAGCUCCUCGUCAAUGAGAAUCACAGAGGACGAUGACCAUGCGACGCUAUUGGGUACUACGCUAAGUUCGCCUAUAAUCAAGAGAAGACUCGGAGGACGAGGAGGAUCCAGCAGCAACAUUGCAUUCUGUGAGGAAGGGGGCUCAUCGUCGUCGUCGUCGGCUGCCAACGAGAUUGUUGCUAAUGACCACAACAACAGUACGAACGCACCAAAUACGGUGUGUGGGGCUCAAUGGCUCUUGCUGUGGACCACCGCCGCUUAUUCACCAGAAACACCGACAGAGGAGGUACUUGCUCAGAUUGUUUCUGUAAAACGAGAUGUUGGGCGUAGAAGAGGAUUCGAGCUCACCUUGAGUUUCAUAAAGGGAUACUUUUUGACUUCUGGCUGAGUAAGUACGUCAAUCUCAAUACAGUUCGUAAUAUUCAACUUUUUCACUCGAAAUUCCGUCCAACUCAAAAAAGUUUUACCGAUCAAACUAAAACAGGAGAGCAAGGCGCUGCGAACGUUUUACAACGAGUUUCAAGAUCAAUGUGGGGACCGGAGUUAUGCGAAAACGUUGCAAACGUUUGGCGCUCCAGACUGCACAAGCCGACGCCAACUCAUGAUGUGGCUUUGCAUAGGCCAAAAUAAGUUCCGAAAUUUUACUGUUCCAUGUCGGUAUCAAAGUUUAUUGGAAAGAUGGCGGCAUCAAGACGGCUACCUUUAGUACGCGUAAUCGUUGUAGUGUUGAACGAAGACAAUAGGCGAUUAUCUGCGCAUUCAUCUUCAGAUGUUGUUCUUUUGUUCUUACACAUUCGUAGGGAUUGAUGUCUCCAGCACGAGUAUCAUCUGUAGGUACCACUAUUCCAUAGCUGACAUGAUGUUGUUAAUUGAGACAACUACGUUCUGGAUGCUGAUUCCACUUUGAUCACCUUGGUGUUCCACAAAUC